AUGUGCGGCAUUUGGGCAGUAAUCGGCGAACAGCCGACAAGCACUCAUCGUCAGCAUUUUAUGAGAAUCGUUGGACGUGGUCCAGAUCUUACAGUAAUCCAAGAAGUUCAACCAGGAGUCUAUUUGGGUUUCCAUCGGCUCGCUAUUGUAAUGGCCACCAAUAGUGGAAAAGAUGUCUUGGUCAAAAAGGUAAACCAUACAGUUGGAAACUAA